AUGAGUCGUGUCGAGAAAAAAAACGAAGAGUUCGUUGCUAAGACGUUCAAACAGUGGUUUAUGGACGUAGGUUUCGCUCUUUUGGCAUGCAGGUUGAUGCACGACGGACAGACAGGUGCCAGAUGCUUGAUCAAGCUAACAUAUGCUUUGCAGCCAAGUGGUCUUUCAGAUCUGAAACAAGGCAAAGCGCUGGUUGAGUCAUUCAUCAUGCAUUACAGGAAAGAAAUGUCGUCGAUGAACUGGGUGGCCAAGCAAGAAUGUCUUCCCCUCGAUGUUAAUCAUCUUAUGAAAUCGCGAUCUCUUUGUCUGAAAGAUCCGGCUCUGUGGCGCAUGUGCCAAAAGAAGGAAUGCCUCAUUCAGCAAAUGCUCAUCGACUGA